UGCCUACCAUACCCUCCCAUCAUUCACAACCCCUGCUGGGGCAAACAGCACCUACCGCAUGGCCCCCAAGUCACCGAUGGGCCAAGGGAAAGAGGAGGUGCCUUUUUACACCAUCACCCCACUGAAGGCACCUCACUGCUUCUUCUCCAUGCAGCUGCUUCACAUAGAGGGCAUCAGGUGAGAUCCCCCCAUCUCAAAGCCUUAAGUGGGAAGUGUGUCACAGCCCUUCUGUGGUGUGUGUUGUAUGACAUCACGAUUGGGGUACACAGUAGGCAUGAACAAAGAGCACUUGGGAAUUUUCAGCCUCGACCUUGACCAGACACUCCUGUGUUCCCUGCUCCUUCUUAUUCAUACUAUAGUUGGGGCCAUUAGGACUGAGAGCCCUGCGGGCAGUUACUGGCCUUGAUUGGCAAAUGAGAAGUUUCUGGGUGCGAUGACCCGGGCUCUACAUAAGCAGGCUCAGGUGCGUGCCGGGCUUGCUGACCGUGUUGGAGCUGACCUCUCCGAGGGGGGUGUGGCUUCCCAGGAGUCUGCUUUCUCCCAAGAGGAGGAGGAGGAGGAAAGAAAAAUGGCUCUUUCAUUUCUCAAGGUGAUAUCACAGGAGUCUGUGAAAUUUAGAGACGUGGCUGUGAUCUUUUCUCCGGACCAGUGGGCUUAUCUGAGCCCUGAAGAGAGACAGUUGUAUAAGGAUGUGAUGCUGGAUAACUGUGAUUACCUUGUGUCUUUGGGACACUGGACUUACAAGGCGGAAGUCAUAUCCUCUUUGAAGCAAGGCAAAGACCUCUUGAUGGUAGAGAGAGAAGUGACCGGUGCUCCGUGCCCAGCAUGUCAGCCAGCACUGGCCAGUUAUCAUGCCCUUAGUGAAUCUGUGACUGGCAUCAGACCGAGCUGUCACCAUGCGAAAUAUCAAAAGUUCUGUACUUUUGUCCAGCCUUAUGACUGUGAGGGCUGCGGCAUGGCGUUCAGCCACCUCUCCCAUCUUACUGGACAUCGGAGAAUUCACACAGUGCAGAAAGCCCACAAACCGGGCCAAAACGCAAGGGCCUUCAGACAUCCCUCAUCCUUUACAACGCUUCAAAGACUCUCUAUUCUGGAUAAGCACUUGGAGUGUAGCCAGUGCGGAAAAACCUUUAACGGGACUUCCAAGUUUAUUCAGCACCAGGAUGCGCACAGCAGUCUGAAGCCCUACAAGUGUGGUGUGUGUCAAAAGGCCUUCAGGUUUCUCUCCUCCUUUAACGUUCACCACAGGCUUCACGUCGGCAAGAGACCAAACCUGAUCCUCCACCAAAAACCUCAUUCUCGAAAGAAACUCUUUGCCUGCAAGUCUUGUGGAAGGGCCUUUGACAGUUUCGCAGAGAAAAUGCAGCACCAAAAAAUUCACGUGAGAAAGCAAUGCUACACGUGUAACUAUUGCAAAAAGGACUUCAGCCCAUACUCACAGUUUGUCCUCCAUCAGAGAGUUCAUACCGGAGAGAGACCCUACAAAUGUAAUGACUGUGACAAGUCCUACAAGAGCAGCUCCAAUCUUAAAAAACAUCAGAAAAUUCACACUGGAGAGAAGUCCUUUUCAUGCGACAGCUGUGAAAAGGCCUUUACCCAGCUCAUCGAUCUGCAGCGUCAUCAACACGUUCACACUGGAGAGAAACAGUACAUCUGUAGCAGUUGUAAAAAGACCUUUGUCCGUUUCUCAGACCUAACUCAACAUCAAAGAAGUCAUACUGGAGAGAGGCCAUACAAGUGUAAUGUUUGUGACAAAACCUUUAAGUAUCAGUCAAGCGUCAUGAAACAUCAGAAAACUCAUUCUGAAGAGCGGCCCUUUACGUGUCCUGAAUGCCAAAAGGCCUUUCGCUUCUGCUCAGAUUUUAACCGGCAUAAAAACAUUCAUACCAAAGAAAAACUCUAUAAAUGUGGUGAAUGUCAAAAGGUCUUUAACAAUAACUCAAAUCUUAACAAACACAUGAAAAUCCAUACUGGAGAGAAACCUUUUGUAUGUAACCAAUGUGGAAAAGCUUUUAGCCUAAACUCCAAACUUACUCGACAUCAGAAAACUCAUGAUAAAAAGAAACCCUGAACAGCUGUAAGAGGCAGAGAGGCCUUUCGAAAGCACUUCCGCUUGGGUUCAAUUCCCAAUUCUAACAAAAGAGGUCAAUGUGGAAAAAGGUUUUUGCUCAAAGCCUUUUGUGUAAAACAUCAGAGAAACAGAAAUAUGUGUAUGUUGAAGAGACGGAGAUGGGAUUAUAUAUAUUGCAUUGACUGGAUUUUUUUUUUUUUUUGAGCAAAAAUGGCUGCACAUGUUCACCAGAAACAGGAAAUUGUAGAAGGCUGCUCCUAUCAUGAAAAGUAGGCUAGGAGGUGGCUAGAAGGGUGGAGCGAAAAGAACGCUGGUUUUGUUGCUUGUUCAUAAUCUAUUUUCGCUGGAUGAAUAAAAAGCCUAUUUUUAACGGAGCCAGCUCUCUAAAGAUGUAAACUUUUGUAGGGAGAUGAUCCAACCUGAAUCUAAGCAUAAAUAAGGGGGCAGGGGAGGGGAAAGCCUUCCCUUUGGAAUUAGAACUAUCAAAAAAGAAGAAACUUUGCCAAUGGACCAUGAAAGAGGAAAAACUGAUCGCGAUUUAAAUUUGUUUUUUUAGUGUUGAUUCAUUUUUGGGAGACUGAGAGAUCAUGAGCAGGGGAGGGGCAGAGA